UUAUAUUAUUUAGAUCUCUUUCAUAUACUAUUAGAAUAAAUUUAAUUAAGAAAACAAUUAUUUUAAAUGAAUUGAACGGCUAUUUUAAAACUAAUACCAUAUCAGCUGUGAUGGGACCGUCCGGUUCGGGAAAGACUACUCUUUUAAAGUGUUUGAGUGCACAAAAUGAUUACUCUUUAGAUACUGAAAGUAAAAUAUAUAUUAAAAAUAGUAAACAUAAGUCAUGUUUUAUAGUACAAGAUAUUAGUGAACACAUCCUAUCGUCACUGACUGUCAGACAAACACUAUUAUAUGCAUCAAAACUGAAGAACUCAUUAAUAAAGGAAACAUUAGAUCAUAACUUAAUAGUCGAUUCAUUGAUGACUGAACUGGGAAUCGAUGACAUCAGACAUAACAGUGUCGACACUUGUAGUGGAGGACAACAGAAACGUAUUGUUAUUGCUUGUGAACUGACAUCUCAUAUAAAACCUGAUCUCAUGUUGAUUGACGAACCGACCUCUGGAUUAGAUAGUAGUGCUGCACAAGUGAUUAUAUCACAUAUGAAACAGUUAUGUCGUAAACAUCAGAUAACUAUAAUUACAUCCAUUCAUCAGCCAAACUACGAGUUGUUUAAUAUGUUUGACAACAUAUAUGUAUUAGGAAAAGAUGGACACGACUUAUAUUUAGGUCAACCACAACAUCUUAAACAAUAUUUGACAGAUUUGAAUAUAUCAUGUGAUGACAAUCAGGUGUCACAUGAAGUGCUACUCAAGAUUGCAUCCGAUGUUAAUCACAACAAUUUCAGAGAACUUCAAUUGUAUUACAAAAACAACAAUAGUUUGCCAUUAGAUGAUAAUCUUAAGCAAAUGAAGUCAAUAAUAAAUAUGAGAAAACAAUUUCAUACAAUAGAUAUCUUCUAUCUAUUGAUGCGAUCUUUAAGUUAUUUAUUCCGUCAUUUAUAUUCUGUGUUAAUCCUCGAAAUUAUUCUAUACAUACUGUUCUCAGUUAUAUUAAAAUUCAAUUUUAAACAAGAGAUUACUGAACCCAAUGGAUGUCGGGAUCCCAAUGCUCUCAUUGACAGCAAUAAUUUUAUAGCAUUUCGUGAAUUGCAUUACAUAUUACAGUUGGCCAGUGAGCUGUCAUUCAUAAGGAUAACAUUUGAAUGCAUAUUAAUAUCCAUCUAUGGUAACUGUGCGGAUGGACAGGUGUCAUCCAUAUUGGAAAUUUGUGACAAUUGUUUUGACAGUCUUCAAGACAAAACAUCAAUCAAUUUUGAAUAG